GCACGUGGUGCACCCGGAGGACUAGUGCGCCCAUCAUCGCCAGGGAGUAUGGGUGUGGUAGUAGCCGCAGGCGGGCACACACGGAGGGCAGGCCGGGAGGGGCAGGAUGUCCCCCGCAGUGUGUACGGGGCGGGACCGGUGCUUCCUUAUCCGGGGCAAGGAGGCCUCCCCCUUUAGGCCUCGGCUCAUCUCGUGCGGGGGAUGCCCAGACCGGAGUGACCCAUGCAGCGGGCACCGGGGAGGCCCUUGGAGUCACCUGAUGAACCAUGAAGAUCUUGGCCCGGGUGUGUGUGGGGAGUCUGCUGCUCUGUGUCCUCCUCUGGUUGUGUUGGAUUAAAGCGAGUAUCAAGGAACCAGCGGAGCGUCCUCCAUCUCCUCUACCUCAUGUGCUGCAGCUCUGGGGAUACAGCCGCCUUCCAGAUGGCGAGCCUUUGGUCAGGAAUUCCUGUAAGACGUGCGCGGUGGUGUCCAGCUCGGGCCAGAUGCUUGGUUCAGGCCUGGGGCCCCAGAUCGACCGGGCCGAGUGCGUCUUGCGCAUGAACACGGCUCCUACUGUCGGCUACGAGUCAGAUGUGGGCAGCCGCAGCACCCUGAGGGUUGUGUCCCACACUAGUGUACCUCUACUGCUCCGCAACCAGACCUACUUCUUCCAGCAUUCCCAGGACACUGUGUAUGUCAUCUGGGGACCCCCCAGACAGAUGGACAUUAACCAGGGGGUCACGUAUCGAGCCUUGCUGCAAGCUAAGAGCAAAUUUAAUGGCGUUAAUAUAUAUACGCUUACACAGAACAUGAUGGCCCGCUGUGACCAGAUCUUCCAGAAUGAGACUGGUAAGAACAGAGCCAUGUCUGGUACGUUCCUGAGCACUGGCUGGUUUACCAUGAUUCUGGCCAUGGAGGUGUGCGAUGAGGUGUCGGUGUACGGGAUGGUCAGCGAGAACUACUGCAGGGACCGCUCGCACCCUCCGGUGCCUUACCACUAUUACGAAAAAGGCCGCCUGGACGAAUGCACCACCUACAUGACGCACGAGAGAGCGUCGCGGGGAGCCCACCGCUUCAUCACCGAAAAAGCAGUCUUCUCCCGCUGGGCCCGCAGGAAACCCAUCCAUUUUAAGCACCCGUCCUGGGAGGCCUAAAAACAGAACGCAGUCUCCAAUUUUUUUACCCAUUUUUUUUAAAUUAUUUUUUAAUGAAAGCAGGUGGGUUUUUUAAUACUGGACAUCUAAAAAAAAAAAAAACCUGCGCAGAAUUUUUACAGGACUCUCUUUUAAGGACAUCUGCCACUUGCCGGUGCUUAGGGAAGGCACGUGGUUAGAGAGUGCACGGACGUUACGUAGCUUACAAAUGCUACUGUGCUGCCGCGACGUGCAUCGGGCAGCAUCGUACUGGAUUCUCUACGGGACUACGAAACAGUAUUAUUUAUUUUAUGUAGUUACAGUGUUGUUUGAGUGCGUUCCGGAUCUUCUGCAAUUUCCUGCAAUACCACCAGGUGGAGUGCCACACGUUACACACCCCAGUGUUAAAAGGAUCAUGUUUUGUUUUACCAGGUAUUACAUGUACUGCAGACUUGGCUAUCAGGUAUUUAUAGGGGCCCUAUGGUUUUAAUAUUUUAUGGUAUUUCUGUUAUUUUUUUAUUUUAUUUUUUUGUUUUAAGGGUUUUUUUAGCCUGCAAAAAUGGAUGGGCCGGAGUAGUAGAUCAGCAAGGGCCUGACUCUUGGCUCCCGCCGCACGUGUAUGAGGGUCUUUUGCAACUUUGUCAGUUUGGCUCUAAAUAAUAAGCCACAACUUAAAUUAUGCAUAUCAUAAAACAGAGUAAAGGGGGUCUGGAUACUAGCGCCCCCAUCGAGACCAAGAACAGCCCGGCUUGGAGAGGUAGCUGUACACGUAUGGUUACACUCCACAGAAAAAAAAGGAGUAGAAAACACAAUAGAGAGGCCAUAAAUUACAUCUAGAAUAGUUGUAAAACAAAAAACUACUUAUUUUCACUAGUUUUUCAGUUUGCUUUUACUUUACCAAUUAUAAUAAGUACUAUGAGUGCACAAGGGUGUAUUGUCCAGCAGUGGUUACUAGGGAGCUAAGGAUUGAGUCAGGACCAAGCCUGCUCAGAAUAGUUCACCUCUGGGCAAUCGGGAUACUUAGUAGAGACAAAUCCGUCCAUGUUAGAUGAAUUGCUUAUGGACAGUUCAGGAUGUCAGAAAAAAAGCUAUAAGGAAUGAACGGAAUCAUUUUUGAAAAUGGGGGGGAAACUUCAAGGGGUUCUCCGGUGGAAAAAAAUGCUGUGUCCCCCAAUGGAUCCUUCGAGAAAGAGAGAUUUUAUGGUAAGUAUUAGAAAAAUCUCCUUUUUUCAAAUUAACUGGUGCCAGAAAGAGAAACAGAUUUUUUUUUUAAAUGACUUAUCUUAAUCCUUCCAGUACUUAUCAGCUGCUGUAUGCUCCACAGGAAGUUGUCGUUUCGAGUCUGACCACAGCGCUCUCUGUUGACACCUCUGUCCGUUUCAGGAACUGUCCGGAGCAGGAGAGGUUUGCUAUGGGGAUUUUGACAUGGACAGAUGUGGCAGCAGAGAGUGGUCAGACUGGAAAGAACUACACAACUUCCUGUGGCGCAUUCAGCAGCUGAUAAGUACUGGAAGGAUUAAGAUUUCUAUGUAGAAGUAAUUUACAAUUCAGUAUAACUUUCUGGCACCAGUUGAUUUGAAAACGUUUGAAAUCUUUUUGAAUGUCUUACCCAGGCAUUAGAGAUGAGCGAACUUACAGUAAAUUCGAUUCGUCACGAACUUCUCGGCUCGGCAGUU